UUCGCUGGAGUCGCUUCGGCGAUGGUGUUCAGCACUGUUGGCGCUGCGUUUGGGACGUCAAAAGCGGGAAUCGGGAUCGCAGGUCUUGGGACGUUUAAACCAGAGCUCAUCAUGAAGUCCCUCAUACCUGUCGUCAUGUCUGGUAUAAUUGCCGUUUAUGGCCUCGUCGUGUCUGUACUCAUCGCUGGUUCACUGAAACCGACGGACUACUCAUUGUUUGCUGGCUUCAUACACCUGGGAGCAGGUCUUGCAUGUGGCUGCACGGGAAUGGCAGCAGGCUAUGCGAUUGGUCUGGUGGGCGACUCGUGCGUGCGCGCAUAUGUACACGAAUCAAAAGUCUUCGUAGCGAUGGUUCUCAUUCUCAUCUUUGCCGAGGUUCUGGGUCUGUAUGGGUUGAUUGUAGCGCUCAUCAUGAACACA